UAAGAUUUGACUUAUUAAUUGGGAUGGUGAGAAGCAGGAGCAUAUAAAAACCUCUGUUCGAGUAGUCUUUUCUCUCUUUCUUUGCUUUUUCUCUAUCCAUUGACAACACAUUAUAAAAUGAACAAAAUCAUCUUUUUUUUCUGUCUCAUGUUUUCUUCUUUACUCUUUCAAGUAGAAUCUCUUCCAUUAAACCUUGCUAAAACUACCAAGAGCUUACUAUCUGUUAUUGGUACAGGCACAUACUAUGAUGUUAGUGUUGGUCUCGGUUCUUGUGGUCAUCAGAGCAGUGAUAGUGAAAUGGUAGUUGCUGUUAAUCAUGGUCAAAUGAAUAAUGGUGCCAAUCCUAACAAUAAUCCUCAUUGCGGUAAAAAGGUCAAGAUCAUUGGAGAAACUGGAAAAACAAUUAUGGCAACAGUUGUAGAUACUUGUCCUGGAUGCUCUGAAGGUUGUUUGGACAUGUCUAUUGCAUUGUUUAAGAAGGUCUGUGGAGACCCAUCUAUGGGCGUUUGCGAUAUUAGUUGGGACUUUGUCUGAGUCAUUCUAAUCCAGGUUUCUUCUCUUUUUCUUCAAGUGCUGGUUACAAGACGAAAAGGAAAAGGAAAAAAAAACUCGAUUGGUUUUUACUGUAUUAUUAUUUCAAAAAGAGAGCACAGUUUCUUUGUCUCAUAUCUUUUCUCUAUAUAUAGCAAUUAGACGUAGAAGCGUGUUUUGUUUAUAUUCUUCUUCCUGUUAGCGAUACUUUUCAAAUAAAGAAAAGUACAUUCACAUACGCAUCAGAACUAAAAAAAGAUUUGAGAAUGUGCAGAAAAUCGCAAUUGGGAAUAACUUGUUAUGUUAGGAUGUAUGCAGCUAUGUAUAUUGAUUGAAAUGUAUCACAUGUAUAGAUCGCCUUCUUGUUC